GGGUUCAGUGAGGGUAUUUAAGAAGUUAAGCUUCCCUCACUGAAACACAGGGAAGCAACAUGGAAGAAAAUAAUGGUCCCAAUGGAGAAAUUUCUGAUUGACGCACGUGGGGAAUCUCCCUUAGGGACAUCGCGUACCAUGUAAGCAGUAGAGCCCCGGGUCAUCGCCUACUCUUUAUAUUUACAUGUGAUGGCAAGAAGAUGUGUUUAAGGCUCCCAUAGCCUUGCACUGCAGUUCAAUGCUCUGGGAAAAGCAGCCAUCUGCUCUAGACACAGCAGGUUCAUUUCAGAAUUCACACAUUCCAAGUGUGGCGCUAUCCCCCAAAUGGUACUUCUGUUGUCUUUUUGGUUCAAGACAGCGAGCGUCUUCUAGGAUCAGAACUUUUUCUUGGAAUCCACUGACAGGCAAGCCCAUCAGUUCUCUUGGUAGGUCAGAUGCUUCAUAAUUAGCCUAGCUCACGGAUUAUCUGCUCAGUGAUUAUGACUACUGUGACAUAAUAUUUCAACUGCAGGGGAAGCAUUCCAGAUAGCUUCUAAGUUGUGCAGUCAGGCUGGGAAUGGCCGGCGGGGCUUCCUGCAUCAAAAGGAGCGGACCACUACACCCUGCUUGGCCGUUUUCCUUGUCUCCAUCAUUAGAUACUGCUCUAAAGACCUAAGGGAGAUGUGCCCAGGACAAGUGUGUGGUUCUCCUCUCUCUCACUGAGGCUCGAUGGCCCAGCAAAGUAUGAAAGUGCGGCCUGUGCUCCUAAAGCGAAGCAGUCUCGAGUCUGUGGAGCUUGUAAAACAACCACACCACCGCAGGAGCAAAUCACAGCAAGUGCGAUUCAAGGAAGAUGGGAACACUAAGAGCCCGACUGGCGUGACGGAGGUUGAUACCCAAACGCCUGAAGACCCGGGUCUAAUGGGGAAGACGCAAGCAUCCCGACACCAUCACCCCGCUACCUAUUCGCUGUCUUUCCCCAGGUCCCACAAGGCAGGAGGCUUUCGCAGCAUCUCUAUCCAGACUUCCCCCAGUCUUAGGAAGCACUUCCCAGUUUUCAAAAGGAAGAAACUCACAUCUAGCAAGUCCCUGGUAGAAAUGCCAACAGCAUCCCCAAGUUCCAUCCAGGUCAACGGCAACCUCUCUGAACAGGAUGUUGUGUCCUCUGACCUUGCCUUCCUGAGGCUGGCUCAGCAUCUUGAGGAUGGGCCCCGAAGACUCAAAAUGCCCCACCCGUUUCUCCCUAGGAUGUCCAAGGUGCAAAGCAAUGGGCCUGUUAGCUUCUGCUUGGAAUCUGGGACUUGGAGGUCCUCAGAGAAGGCAACAGCUGCCAUUCAGGUUCCAGAUGAUAUUUGUCACAGUCCAACCUGGGAAGCUCCAGAGGCUCGAGAACCUACUUUCAGCCCAGAAAGCCCAGCUGCAGAAAGCAACUCCAUACCCACUUUGGUCACCAUAUGUCCAGGGGAUGGGCAAAGAGAGGUGACAUCGGACCCGGAAAGACUCCCCUCCUGCUUAAAUGCCAACAGCAGUGCCAACAACACCCCAGGCACGGGAAAACUCACACCUGAAUUGCUUUUGCCCAAAGAUCACCCUGACAACAAAGACCUUGGCCUUCUGUCAUCUCAGUCAAAGAAGAUGUGUGCUCCUUCACCAUCACGAACUCAUGGCUCGUCUGAGCCAGGCUCUCAUAGCCAGACCGCCCACGUAGGAAGAGCCUCGGAUUGCACAGCACUGAGUGACAAUCACCAGGACCUGGAACCGCUCAAAAGUAGCAGUGUGUCCAAGUCUGUCCCUGUGUGUUGGGAGCAUGUGACAAAGCUCCCCAGCCAGUCAGAUAGCCCGGAGCUUCAGACUGGUCUUGGAAGUGAGCAUCUCCCGUCCUCACUUCCGAGGCAUGAGGACAAGUGUCAGAGCAGCAGGGAGCUCGGUGGUAGUAAUCACAGUCACCUGGCACAGGGGGAACUCUGUGACCUCCAAGGCCGGCUGCAAUCCGUGGAGGAAUCGUUGCACUCAAACCAAGAGAAAAUUAAGGUCCUUUUGAAUGUGAUUCAAGAUCUGGAGAAAGCUCGCGCUCUCACAGAAGGGCGGAACUUUUAUCGGACUGGCCAAGACCUCAACAACUGCAGCACCUGUCAGAACACGGCGUGCAUCAUAUACAGCGUAGAGUAUGAUUUCCGGCAGCAGGAAGGCAGGUUCCAUGAGAUUCUCCAGAGCCUGGAGGAGGCAGAGCCAGCUGAGGAAGCACCUUCCCCACCCAAGUCCCCAGCAGAAGCCCCAAUCCCUGAGAAACAGGACUUACGGCGGAAAAGCAAAAAGGUGAAGAAGAAAUGUUUCUGGUGGAUAUGAGAGGAUCAAGGCUCCCCACAUUCCUUCCUGAGAUGGGGGGUCCCCUGCCCUCAAGGUCUCCCUGCUCCUCUGCAAAUGCCCAGGCUGAGAUCCCUUGACUCACGACAUGGCAGUGCCUCAGAGCUGGUAGACUGUUGGGACACCUGGUCACCAACCUUACCUGAGUAAGGGGUGCCACUGCUUGCUGAGGAUUUUGUGGCCUCUUGUGAAGUCACUUGCUGAGCUGCCUGUACACACAGCCAGGCCUCAUCCUCAUCUGCUGAGUUCAGAUUCCCACCAUAAACAAAGCCCCCACCGCACCCCCGACACUUCCACAACACCAAGCAGUUCCUUCCCAUCCUGAGUUCAUCAACCCCAAAGAAACAGAAGCGUGUGUGCUGUGCACUGUAGAAAGACAGAGGUGAUAAGCAGGUAUCCUAGAAAAAAAAAAUUCCACAAUAAACUAUCAGGGUUCUAGGAUUUAUCAUACAAAAGCACAACAGAACUGAGCAGGGUCUAACAAUGCCAGGUCCCCCUGAUGUAGUAAAGUCCUCUUUUGUUGUUGGUUUUUGUUUUUGAACUAGCCCUUAGAACUCACAUCAAGGGGCCAUCUUCUUGUAAAGUAUGGGCCAUGCAGAGUGGCAAAGUCGGGUUGCAUGGGGGUUAUUAGGCACCUGUUGUGUGAUUGCUCUAUGUGACUGGAGCUCAGUGACUUUCUGGGGUCAUUUAACGAUCAUAAUGUCUCUGUAUGGCAAGUGGGAUAUAAACAAGAGGGGCUUUAACCUUAGGAUCCCGCCAUUCAUCCAUUCAUUCACCUGUAACAUCAAGGGUCACGGGACUCAGCAGCCUGUAUGUCAGUAUAUAUUAUCAAGCAACACUGAUAAGGCUGAGCUGCCAUCCAGCACCUUUUCUCAUCCAUGCAUUCUUGUGACAACAGUGUAGAUAGACCCGAACACGCUACUCCGCCGUUUCCCUUCCCUGUGACCAGGCUGUGGUCACCUAAUCUAGGAAGACGUGGGACUGAGAAUGCAGAUGAAAGCCCUUUUUCCACGAUUCCUUAAGAUCUGGCUCGUUCCAUUGAAAAGACCUCCCUCCGCCCACGGAUGUCCGGUCAAGCUUGCAUGGCAAGCAAACUCCUAAAGCAGUGUAAUUAAGUAAUUGCUACACACUUGGGCUGAGUAGGAAGCAAGGCUUGGGUUCCUUUGCAUUACAUGCAGUACUCUGCCAGCCUGUGAUUGAACACAGAACUGACACUGCCAGAAACAUGAGCCACACCUAAACGAAGAAAGCAUUUUAAGCCCCCCUCCCCCGCCACUGAAGACCUAGUGUCUGAGUGAGUCUCUACUGUGCACGUGGGAGGUGCGUACCCCACUGCAAAUUGAGACUAAUUGAGCAAACCGCCCCAACAAUUCCACUUCCCCGUCACAGUGCUGCAGUGCAAAAGCUAUUUCAGGGAGAGCGAGGGAAACUUGGCAAGGAAUCUUGGCUUGCACUAUUUAAGUCUUGGGAUGUCAUUCGAGAUGUUCUUUCUCCGUUACUAGUGUAAUGUUUAAACCCACAAAGUGAGACCAGAAUAUAGAAUGUCAAGUUAGAAUCAAGAUAAAUACACUUGCCAUGCUUAAGAAACCACAUUUCAAUUAGAUAUGUUACCACUGGCCAAAAGCCACAGAUCUUUCUUUCUGUAUGCACACACUCAACUCUCAGUUGGCCCCACCAAUGGAAAAACACAGUACAGAGGAUAAUCCAAUAAAGCAAAAUCAUUUGGGAUCUCUUAUGUAAUUUUAUCUUGUAGUGGUGCUUCCAUCUUAAUUUGUUUUGCUUAUACUAAUUUCAAACUAAUUUAUAUUCCACAGCAUCAGGAUGGAAUGAAAAUAUUAUUGCACUUAGAUUUAGAGACCCAGGCAAUAGAAUAGUCUAUUUCACUAACUUGGAGAAAAUGGUGUAAUAAUUGUGCUUUUUUUUUUUUUUUUGAUUGAGGAGAAAAAUGGCUACUCCCCCAGUUUUCUAAGCUCUGCGUACCUUCUGACAGUAGGAGAACACAAACUAUGAGAGCCAGCUGCAGCCCUUGCCCUAGUUAGCCUGGAAACACGAGGAGAUGCCUGAGGUAGCUCAUGUCUUUACACACACAUAUGAGUUAGGGACCUUGCAUAAACGCUGAACAGAAUGAGAUGAAAAUAGGAUUGGAAAAUGUUGACAUUCCCAGAAGUCAAACCAACGAAGAGUAUGUGAUUCUAAACCAAAGCACAACACCACAUCGCAUUGCUUAGGCCACUAACCUGCAUCUGGAGAGGAGGGUCCUUCUGAUAAUGAAAUCCUGAAAAUCAGUAUGUGGGAAAAGGAGCUGAGAAACACCAGCCUGCUGAACAGAAAGGCUCAUCUCGACAUGAAAUGAAAACCAUUCACAUGUAUACCAAAACUCUAUACUCUGCUACUUGUGUUGAGUGCCACCGCUUCUUUGUACAAUAGUGUGUCAUAUGAUAAUCUACAGAAAUGUUAUACUUGAGAUUAUAUGGUUUUAUGGAAAGAGAUUAAUUUAGCAAAGAUGACUUUUAUGAAAUGGAAGGGGCUGGUUCAUCUGUUUAAAUCGCAGGGAUUUGAUGUGGCUGUUCCCUCUAUAGUCAAAGCACUCACUAUCCCUGGAACUCAAUGCCAAGCUCAUCUGUAGAGCGCCUUCUUGAAGACAAUGUAUCACUGUAAGGUUUUGUAAAUUUCUAAACUGUUUUAAAUGGGAUAUUAUCUUUUGCAAUAAACUUAAGUAUUUUUCCUAGG